CACACUCAUGUAUAAACAUCCGAUAAAGAGGCUAUUUUAUCUUCCUUUCCAGGUUUCUGGUACAGAUUAAGUUAGCCUGAAUACAUUAAAUUUAAACCACCAGUCUAGUUUUGUUCACCAGGCCACCACAUUAUUUCAGGCUUUUAGCAAGCAGCUCCAUAAAACAAGAAUUUACUCAGGUCAUCAUAUUUAUUACAAUGGAAAAGGAAAUAAGACUCGUUUUCCACCAGAUGACGAAUACCAGAUCAUGACUGUGCAACCAAAGAUCCUUGGCUUCCAGAUAAAUAAGAUGUUACAUGUAAUUCAGGGUUAAAAAUUUUAAAUUACACAUUUUAUCUUGUUGUAAAAGUGCAUCAGGCAAAGCAUCACUCUUGACUGUGGCGACAUACUUCACUGUAGCUGGUUAAGGUGAGACAGGUGAGUAUCUUAUUAAUAUUUACUUUAUCUUAUUAAACGUAAAAGAAGAUUUAGAGGGGGAGAAAGUUAAAGACAGCAAGUUUCCUGUCAGUCUUGCAGAGUAUGACUUUACAAUUGAACCUGAGUCAGCAGGGUGUGCAUCUGUUGAGAGGCUCGUGCUUUUUAGAGUCCACCUUGACCCCCUCUCCCUCACACACACCCCGCGAGGCGUCCUACAUGCUGAUCCAGCUGUUCCCCUCCGUGCGUAAAUGGAAAGCUUUUACGCACCGAGCGUGUUCACUCCCUGAAUUACAUGUAACAUCUUAUUUAUCUUUAAUUGUUGUUUUUUGCAUUGUCACACGCCUCGCCUGCUGCAUAAGUAUGCCUCAAACACUGGGGAUGAGCUGUGGAGAUGAAGAGAUGCGGUAUUAUCUCACUACAUAAUAGAGGGUGUGUGUGGGGGUGGGGUGGGGGGUAAAAGGCAAGGCGUGCGUCCGGACGCUCAACGCCAACUAAACAAGAGGGAGUCAGACAUCAAUAACAUCUCACUCAUCAAUAAGAAAUUCUGAUGGAGUUGGAUUGCUUAAUUAAAUAGGUUGCCUUGAAGGAAUUAGGCUUUCAGAAUUCAUAAUAUUUAAUCUAAUGACCCCCCAUGGAGAACAUCUGAGGAGGACUCUUCAGCAUCCCCAUCCACAGGAAAGCGGCUCGUGAGGACACACAACAAGACUAAGAUUUCUUGUCUUUCAGCGAUGGCUAUCAACACCGAUGCUGCUUUUGGGAAAAGCGCCCUGGGUGAGAGGGAAGUUUCAAAUCCCACCGAAUUUCAGGACACGGAGAAACUGCUCAACACCACGACCAGCGAACCAACCGGGCAGACCAACAUCAAGCCGUCCGACUCCUUCUCCCUCACCAUCAGAGGGAGCGUCCGCUCCCUGGAUGCCGACCAGAACGGACACAGAUCGCCACUGAAGUCGGGCUCCAUCGGACAGUUGACUGCCCCACCCAAGUCCUCGUCCCGGCUCAGCUUAGGUCCACUGCCCUCCCCGGUGCCACACGGGUCCGCGCCCCGGAGUUACCUCUGGCUCGCCGUGCUUUCCUGUUUCUGCCCCGCGGUGCCGCUCAACAUCUAUGCCUUGUGGUAUGCACAUGUGGUGAGUUUAUUUCAGGCGUCCAUUUACUUACAUGUUUGGUUGUUGUUAUCUAUGAGUGAGAUGCAUAGUGAUAGAUGAAGUUACAUGUUCCCACUUUUUCUACUUUUUACAAAACACUACUGGUGUUUGUUGUUUUUCUUUAAAGAGAAACUGUAGUGUUUACCACUUCACCCUUGAUCACCUCAUUUUCUUCCAUUAGUCGAGGACAGUUCUCCAUACAGGAGACAUAGAAGGGGCGAGGAAGUAUGGACGUCUGUCUAUGCUGCUCAGCUGUCUAGCAAUGCUGCUGGGUGUGGCUGUCAUCAUCUUCAUAGUGUUAACAAUAGGUAUAAACAGACACACUUAACACAUUCCCAGUCCAAGUGUGCAGCUGUGAAUCCUAACUUCUCUUUCCUCUCUCAGAGACCCAGAAUUGAGCUGAGUGAUCGCAGGAGUUACACCUCGGGCUCCUUAAACUUCAUCUGAUCUCCAAUUUGCACAGAAGAGAGUUGAGGAAAAGAGUCAUCCUGAGAUGACAAAGCACAAAAUCUGCGCCGAAAAACAAGCUGAAGAGACUCUGACAUACAACUUAAUGCUUUUCUGCUGUGGACCAAAGACAGAAAAAGGAAAGAAGUGGCAGGCCGGUUUUCUUUUUCCGGAUGACAUUUACACCACAAACUCAGGAACAAAGGAUGGGAGAGGAGUGUGGCAUUCAGCUGUAGUGACAGCAGUCUGUAGAGAAGUUUCUCAUGAUUAAAACUAGUGGUGUACUGAUGUACGCACUUUUAUGUCCCCAGAACUAAAUUUCACCUCUUUGAGAACAGAAAUCCCGUUUUAUCAUUAGGAGGAAUGACAAACGACAUAAAAAUAAAACAACCCAAUAAUAUAAAACAACACAAAAUGCAUUAGUGCAUCUCUAGUUAGCGACUGCCUGCCCUGUUUCUCUUCACUUUCGCCACAAAGUGCAAACUCGCCUCUUCAUUUGGGACUCGGAAAGAUGCAUAAACUGAUUUCAUACACUGUUUACACAAAGUUUAAUUCUCAUAUACAUUUAUCAUAGCGUGAUAUCUUGCUUUGCGUGCUUACUAUGAUAAAAGUGAACCUACUGAACUGCCUGGAUUUAUUCACCUCAUUACGAUAUACUGCAAGAUUUGAAUGGGACUGUUCCCCCUGUAUGCACUGUUCUGGCAUUCUGAUGUUGAUGUUUCUAUAUUUAUACUGUAUGACUGGUUUACUGUGCCAUAGUUCUGCAUGUCUGAAAUAAACUUGAAUGAGCAUGACUAACUUCAAA